AUGGCCUCCCGGAGCCUGGGGGGCCUGAGCGGGAGCCGCGGCGGGGGCGGCGGCGGCAAGAAGAGCCUGAGCGCCCGCAAUGCUGCGGUGGAGAGGAGGAACCUCAUCACGGUGUGCAGGUUUUCUGUGAAGACCCUCAUUGAUCGGUCCUGCUUUGAGACAAUUGAUGAUUCUUCUCCUGAAUUUAACAAUUUUGCAGCUAUUUUGGAACAGAUUCUAAGUCACCGGCUAAAAGAGAUAUCCCAAAGUUGCAGAUGGCUGGCUCAUCUCCAAAUACCUCUUCAAGGUCAAGUAACCUGGUUUGGUUAUGAAAGUCCUCGUAGCUUCUGGGACUAUAUCAGAGUGGCUUGCCGGAAAGUUUCACAGAAUUGUAUCUGCAGCAUUGAAAAUAUGGAAAAUGUCAGUUCCUCUAGAGCUAAGGGUAGAGCCUGGAUCAGAGUAGCACUCAUGGAAAAACAUUUAUCUGAAUACAUCUCUACAGCUCUGAGAGACUUCAAAACAACCAGGCGAUUUUAUGAAGAUGGAGCAAUUGUCUUGGGUGAGGAAGCAAAUAUGCUUGCUGGCAUGCUGCUUGGACUAAAUGCUAUUGAUUUCAGCUUCUGCCUCAAGGGAGAAGGAUUGGAUGGAAACUUUCCUGCCGUAAUAGACUACACACCAUAUUUGAAGUUUACCCAAAGUUCUGACAGCAUCAGCAGUGACGAGGAAGAGCUGAGAACUUUGGGAAGCAGUGGUAGUGAAAGCAGCACUCCAGAGAAUGUCGGGCCUCCUUUCAUCAUGGAUGAGAAUAGUUGGUUCAACAAGUGUAAGAGAGUUAAACAAAAGUAUCAGCUAACCCUGGAACAGAAGGGUUAUCUUGAAGAACUCUUACGACUUCGAGAGAACCAGCUGUCUGAGUCUGUCUCCCAGAAUAAAAUACUACUUCAAAGGAUUGAAGAUUCUGACCUGGCCCAUAAAUUAGAAAAGGAACAAUUAGAAUAUAUAAUUGUGGAGCUUCAAGAUCAGCUGACUGUGCUAAAGAAUAAUGAUUUAAGAUCAAGACAAGAGUUAACUGCCCACCUCACCAACCAGUGGCCUUCCCCAGGAGCUCUGGAUGUCAAUGCUGUUGCCUUGGAUACGUUGCUUUACCGAAAACACAAUAAACAGUGGUAUGAAAAAAGUUGUCAAAGUCUUGACCAGUUAUCAGCUGAUGUUAGCCUUUCUCAGACUUCACUGGAUCCAGGUCAGUCACAAGAAGGAGAUGGGAAGCAAGACACAUUAAAUUUAAUCAGUGAAGGUAAAGAAGACACUCCCUCAUUACUCGGUCUCUGUGGAUCUCUAACUUCAGUGGCAAGUUACAAAUCUCUAACAAGUCUCAAAUCUAAUGACUACCUUGCAAGUCCCACAACAGAGAUGACGAGUCCAGGCUUAACUCCAUCCUGAAAAAUUUUAUGUCAGAGCCAGAAGUUUUUAUGUUGCAAAUGUUCUAUUUACAUAAGUUUGACUGCUGGGAAAACCUUUGGAAUUUUAUAUUGUUCUGGCAUAUGUCUGGAAUUCUGUUGCUUCUAUUAGAGAAUUCAGU